GGCGGCGGACCAGGCUGUUGUUGUUCUCAACGUGGUCCGCCCCGCGCCCAUAUAAAGGGCGGCGGCGGCGCCCGCCCCGGCAGAGCGCGGACCGAGCGGAGCAGAUACAGCGUGCCCGCCGGGCCCCGCCGCGCCGCCGCUGCCCCUGCCCGCCCCCGCUCCGGCCCGCGGCCCCCCGCACCAUGUCGGUAGAGCUGGAAGAAGCCGAUCUGCCCCUGACUGAGGCGGAGGAGGCACCGCUCUCCCCGGAGAAGAAAGCGGCCGCUAAGAAAGCGAAAGGAGGCGGCGGCGGCUCCUCGUUGUCGCCGUCGAAGAAAAGGAAGAACAACAAGAAGAAGAACCAGCCGGGCAAAUACAGUCAGCUGGUGGUGGAGACGAUCCGCAAACUGGGCGAGCGCAAUGGCUCCUCGCUGGCCAAGAUCUACAACGAGGCCAAGAAGGUGGCCUGGUUCGACCAGCAGAACGGCAGGACCUACCUGAAGUACUCCAUUAAGGCGCUGGUACAGAAUGACACGCUGCUCCAGGUCAAGGGCACCGGCGCCAAUGGCUCGUUCAAGCUCAACAGGAAGAAGCUGGAAGGCGGCGGCGAGGGGGGCACGGGCAGCAGCGCCCACAAGUCCCACAAGAAGGCGACGGCCUCCACGUCCCGGCGGGCGGAGAAACCCGCGGCCAAGAGCAAGAAGCCCGAGAAGAAAUCGCACAAGAAGGGAGCCGGCGGCGCGGCGGCGAAGAAGGACAAGGGCAAAGCCAAGAAAGCCACCAAGAAGGGAGCCGCGUCUCCCGGGGGCAAGAAGGUGAAGAAGUCGGCAAAGCCCAAGGCGCUCAAGAGCCGGAAGGCAUGAGAUCGGGGCGCUGGGAGCCCCCCGCCGCCCCCCGGACUGAGAGCCCCGCGGCACAGACUGCUCUGAGGACAGACCCCAGGGGACCCGCUUUGUCUUUGUGUUGCUGACUCGGCUCCGCAGCCGCCGCCGUGCGCGGUGAGCGGGGCUGCGGCCGCCCCAGCCCCCCUUUCUUCUUCUCCGCCGCCUUAUUUUUUUUCUACCCCACCCCCCCAUCCCGCCCCGCGGCUUCUCCCCGAUCGCGCCCUUUUGUUUUCGGCCGUGCCCUUCCCCGCCUGUAGACGGUUCCCAGCCCCCCCCCUUGUCCGCCCGGUUGUUCCCAGGGAUUUUUCCCGCCCGGUUUCCAUAGCAGCCAUUUUGCGGCGGGGCCCCCCCGCGCCACGUGGGCCGGUCCCGCUCCCGCCGCCC